UCCGAUAGUUUUUGUUGUUUUUAUUGCUUUGCAUAAACAAAGUCUGCAUUUGUUAAUAUUUUUGUUGGAAAAUACAUUUAUAGGCCAAAGCGAAAUAAAAAAAAAGAUUUUAGUAAACAGGUGCUUUAUCCAGAGUUUAUAGAUCUCUCUAAAUGGUCUAAGCAAGUACUUAAAUAGCUUUGUCAUGAGCAUUAACUGGAUAAAGAUCACCGAAAGAGCCCGCGAGGGCAUCAAAAUCAUCAAUGCCCUGCCCUACGACACCUUUACCACGGUGCUGUGGUACACCCACCGGCAGAUGAGCCCCAGCGCAGCGGCUGCGAGCUCCACCACUUGUACAGUGGGCACCAGUGUGACGACCACCGGUCGGACGGACAGCACCAGCGAGGAGAAUCCCACGAGCAGCAGCGAGCCGGAGUACACGCUCGAGGAGCUGGAGCGACUGGUGGGCGCGCCACGGGCGGACUUUCUGCUGCUGAUCAAGACCUUCUCCUACAUCCUGCGCCGCAUCUCCACGUUCAUCAUCAAGCCCAGCCUGCUGCAACGCGAGCUGCGCGAGAAGCUGCAGCUGGAGGAUGAGGCCAAGAUCGAUGCCAUACUGCGGCUGUGGGUGCGCGAGACGACGCCCAUUAUGAACAACUUGGCCAGCAAGCGGUACGAAUCGAACGUCAUCGAGGAUGUGGCCUGGAAACUGAACGUGCAGAUCUCCUCGCACUGCCAGCAGCGGGAGAAGACGCCGCUGGCCGUGCUCCAGAUGAAGACGGCCGUCGGCGAGGACAUCAACCUCGAGAUGACGCAUCCGGAGCUGCUGGAGCUGUUCAACCAGUUCGAGAACAUCCAGGGCGAACUGGACGCCAUGCUGGCCAUGAAGGCGCCAGACGCCACAGCUGCAGGCCAUCAGUAGUGGCACACCAACGACCAUUUCCCAGUGCCAAUCAAUCUGCUAAUCUGCACAGUGCCCGUGCAACAAGAUGGACCUAAAAGUAUGCAAUACUAACACGAUCGUAGCCAAAUGUUAAACACUGUAAAUUGAAUUGGGUAGAUUUUUGCCAGGUUCUGGUUCGUUUUUUGAUCGUAGCCGAAUGUUUGAAAGAGUAAUUUAUAAAUUCUUAACUAUAAAUGCAUUCCUAAAUGUCAUUAGGGUGUCAUCAAUGAACUAAGAGAUAGGCGUAGCAGAAAAAUGUGUUUGUAGAACCAAGCAACGCUGAAAAAUAACUCUUAAAAAUGUUUGAAAGCUAGAAAAGAUUUUUUUUUAAUUUUCCUUCAACUUACCCUCUGAAAAGCCCUUAAUAAACUUAAAAGAAACCGA